GAGCAAAAAAGUUCCUCCCUUGCCCUGCAAAUCCCAAACAAAGAGGAAGAGAAACCUUUCUCAUCUCAGAUCUGUUCUUCCUCGUUCACACUUUCUUUUUCAGAUUAAGAGAUGGAGACCUUCCUAUUCACCUCCGAAUCUGUGAACGAGGGUCACCCCGACAAGCUGUGCGACCAGAUCUCUGAUGCAGUGCUCGACGCCUGCCUCGCCCAAGACCCUGACAGCAAGGUUGCCUGUGAGACAUGCACCAAGACCAACAUGGUCAUGGUCUUUGGAGAGAUCACCACCAAGGCCAAUGUAGACUACGAAAAGAUCGUCCGUGAGACAUGCCGCAACAUUGGAUUUGUUUCUGAUGAUGUUGGUCUUGAUGCGGACAACUGCAAGGUCCUCGUUAACAUUGAGCAGCAGAGUCCUGAUAUUGCUCAGGGUGUCCAUGGCCACUUUACCAAGCGCCCUGAGGAGAUUGGUGCUGGUGACCAGGGUCACAUGUUUGGUUAUGCCACUGAUGAAACCCCUGAGUUCAUGCCUCUCAGCCAUGUCCUCGCAACCAAGCUCGGGGCUCGCCUCACUGAGGUCAGGAAGAACGGCACCUGCCCCUGGCUGAGACCUGAUGGCAAGACCCAAGUGACUGUUGAGUACUACAACGACAAUGGAGCCAUGGUUCCGGUCCGUGUGCACACAGUCCUCAUCUCCACACAGCACGAUGAAACUGUGACAAAUGAUGAGAUUGCUGCCGACCUCAAGGAACACGUCAUCAAGCCCGUCAUCCCCGAGAAGUACCUCGAUGAGAAGACCAUCUUCCACUUGAACCCUUCAGGCCGCUUUGUCAUCGGUGGUCCUCACGGUGAUGCAGGUCUCACUGGGCGCAAGAUCAUCAUUGACACUUAUGGUGGUUGGGGAGCCCACGGUGGUGGUGCUUUCUCUGGAAAGGACCCAACCAAGGUGGACAGAAGUGGCGCCUACAUUGUAAGGCAAGCUGCCAAGAGCAUCGUGGCAAAUGGGCUUGCCCGCCGUUGCAUCGUGCAGGUCUCUUAUGCCAUUGGUGUGCCAGAACCCUUGUCCGUCUUCGUUGACACCUAUGGAACCGGAAAGAUCCCCGACAAAGAGAUCCUCAAGAUUGUUAAAGAAAACUUUGACUUCAGGCCGGGAAUGAUCACCAUUAACCUGGACUUGAAAAGAGGCGGCAACGACAGGUUCCUCAAGACUGCAGCCUACGGACACUUUGGAAGGGACGACCCCGACUUCACUUGGGAGGUUGUGAAGCCCCUCAAGUGGGAGAAGCCAGAGUCUUAGAUUACUUGGGAGAACAUCAUCAUCAGUCCCUGCUGUUCGAUGCUUUUACUACAUUCGGUACUGGAUUCUUAAUAAUUUUGUGUGUUUCUUUGCUGUGCUGCUCUAUAAUCUAGAUGCAAUAGCUAAAAAAAAUGUUCUAAUAUCAUACUGAAGAUGCUCAUCUCUAUUGUUUCUUUGUUUUGUUUUUUUUUUUUUUUUUUACGUAACCAUGUUACCGGUGUCUCUGUAGUUUAAGAGAGUUUUGUCCAUGUUGAUGACACUGGUAGUAGUAGCAACAGCAGAUGCUAUAAUGUGUUUCUUUAUGAAAAACAAAAAAAAAAUGUAUUUGUUUGAAUUA